AUGUCGGAAUCAGCACUUGAUGCGGGUGAGUUCCAGAGGCUCAUUGGAGCCAUCAUGAAGGAGAGAUACAUACAUGAGCAACGCGUCGCCGACAACGACUUGAGCCGGCAUCGCCAACGCACCGAGCGGAGCCGCUCCGCAUCACGAACACCAGAAAGGCACCGCUCCGUCAGCAACACAAGACUUGGCAGCCGUGUCACGAGCCAGAAGAACAGCGACGUGCCGACGGGAGGUCGGCCACCGCGCAUCUUAUCACAAGAACAAACUUCUGUGCCCGUCACGGGUGACGAAGAGGAACAGCAGCAGCAGAAGAAGAAGAAUGGCUGGUCAGAGCACAACGGUGCUGCUUCAGGUGUUCUUGCACAGCGUGGUACUCCACUCAACGGCAACAGCGAGAGUGUCGGUGCUGCGGCGUCCCCGACUGGAUCGACGCGAUCCCGCAUAUCGUCAAGCAUCAAUCGGGGGAAUAAGGAAAGUGUCAGGGAACCGCAUGAAAACUGCACAUCGGUAAUUACGGCAUCAGAGGGGGAGGGGGAGGAAGACCGAAGGGAUGUUGCAAUGGUGUCGCCACGACAGCGUGCCAUUAUACAAAGCCCGACUCCGGAUGACCAAUGCUAUUUACCACAAAAGUAUGGUGUGGUAGAUGAGCAGUGCUCUCAACCACACCAAACGCAAGUUGCGUGCCCGCAGUGUGUGGUACUGGAAGCAAAGGUGCGGGAAAUGCAGGCUACCUUAGCCGAGCUCAUUAGUAACGUUCUACAGCUUUCAGCCAAGCAAAAGGCCAGUGAGCGUAUAGCAAUGAGCGAUGAGGCCGAAUCCGAGCUUCCCGAAAAUCCAGAGGAACUGGGUAGCACGACAGAGGAGAAAUUUAUAACUGUCGUGACUGCACUUGCCAGACGCGUGCGCCGUCUGGAGGUGGACUUGGAAUCGUCGCUGGAGCAAGUGCGGGUGAUGGAAGCAGCCGCCAUUGAACGAGAUAUAAAGCUGAACCACACCAAGGUGGGGCAUGACGAGUUAAAUGAAGCUGUCGCCAAUGCGCUGCUGCGUGGCAACAACGCCGAGUAUGCCAAUGAGCUGAGAAAUUUGUAUCGCAUCUGGGAUCUGGACCCGAAGAGAGUACAACAGGCUCUCGACUCGGCGGACCCAGCUUCAUGCAGGGAUCUAUUGCUAUCCACACCGCUAUUCGCCCGUGUUUCGGGUACUGCGGUGAAAAGCAGCACUGAUAUGCUUGACAUGCUCCAUGAAGAGCAGCUUCUGCACGGAGUCGAUGAAACUCUAUACACGCCGCAAGUGCCGUCACCAAGUUGGCACAGCAGUUCUCAGAGAGCGAGGCAGAAGUUUCUCCCUCUCCACGAACUACUAUUAGGCAUAUACUUGCAGGAUGAAAAAGACCUGCGAGGGGUGCGUGUGACAUCCGUGCCGGCGGGAUCCACCGCAGCGCAUGCUGUUCGCCCUGGUGACGUGAUUGUCCAGAUCAAUCGCAUCACAGUGCGUUCCAUCGCAGAUGUGUCAUAUGUCCUCUCUCGGGCUCGGUCUCAUGUCCCUAUUGCGCUCUCAGUUCAGGUGCUCGAUAGCCCAUUUGUGGAGGUGGCGCAGGUGCUACCACUUGAAAUCUCGUGA